CCACAAUCAGCGCCUCUGUAGCAAUAAAAGUGAAUUGCCCGAGGAAAAGUGCUGGAAAACUUGUGAGAGAUUUUACAAAUAUUGUGGUUUUUUGCUGGAAAAUCCCCAAAUUUCCCGUGUGAAUCUUGUGCAAUGGGAUGCAUUGAAGUGUGUGGGAUGUAGUAAAAGUGUAUUGUGGGAAUUUUGCUAAGUGCUUUCGACACCAUUUUGGCGAAAUGCUUGUGUUUGACAAUUCGGCGGAGUUUCCAAAGCAGUAAACUACGGAAAAUUUGUUUAAUUCUGCCCGUGACAAUUUUCAAUGCAGUGAAAUAUCAGUAUAAUGUAGCUCAAUAGCUGGUGGUAGUGCGGUAUUUGAGAUAGAGUUUACGCAAAACAACUAAGAAGCUUGUGCAAGUUGAGGGCAGUGGACGACGUGCAAACAAUGGCGUCCACACAAACAGAAUCAGCCACCGAUAUUCCCAAUUCCAGUCCCACAGCCUCAGCAUCAACAGACCCGGAUGCUGCGGGCAGUGUGGUGGCUGAGGCUGUGGAGAAUGUGGAGGAAGAACCAAAAAGUGAAGUGUUGGGGAAGGAAGAUGGUGGGGGGUGUCACAGUGUCCGGGAGGAUGUCAAGGAGGCAAAUGGGGAUGAGCAGCAGGGAGACGUUGUGGUGGCUGCCAGUGACACUCAAUUCCAGAAGCAAAUUCUUGAGGCAAAAGAAGAUGGGGCUCUAGACAAACCAGAAGAUUCAACCAUGGAGGCUCACCAGAAGAAGAAGAAGUGCAAAAAGCGAGAGAAAGAGAAGGAAAGGAAGCACGAAAAGCAGGAGGACAAAAAUCGCCGUCAAUCCUCAGAGGACUCACGCACGAGUCACGAGAGUGAAAAGUACAGUGAUAACAGUUCCUCAUCGUCAAUUAGCAGCAGCACCAGGGAUGAAUCCAAGAGAUCCAUCAAGAAAUCAAGUGAAAGUGCCUCGGGGAAUGAGAGAGGGGAAAAGGAAGGGAAGGAGGAGGAGGAGGAGGAGGAGGAGGAAAAGGGGGUUAGGGUGAAGAUGAAGGAAGAAGAAGUGUUCGCUGGGGGAUUUAGUGGUUUGAGUGAGAAGAAGAUGUCGGAGGAGAAGAGGCAGGAUGUCUUCAUUAAGAAGGAUUACUUGCCGAAUCCGGUGAAUUUGAUGAAGCCCGAGAAGACACGUGAAGAUGUCGCUAGGGUACUUGUGUUUGACACAGAAGACAAAGUGGUGCAGGUGAAGGAGGAGAAGAUGGCAAUCGAGGAGCAGCAGCAGCAGGAGACUAAAUUGGAGUCUCCGGUGAGAAAUGGUGAUACUGCAGUUAAUGGUGUUGAAAAGGAGGCUGAAAAUGUUGCUAAGUCCAGUCAGACUUCAAGCAGGAGUGAUUCCACCAGGAAUCACAGCAGCAGCAGCAGCAGCAGCAGUCAUCGGCAUCAUCACAAAUCCUCCUCAUCCUCAUCAUCAUCCCACAAGAGCAGUCGAAGUGACUGUUCCAAGUGCUACAGACGCUCCAAAGUCAAGAAGGUGAAUGUUGGGAUUCAGUGCAGGGCUCACAAGGCAACUGAAUCCACAGCAACGGCAACAACAACAGCACCGGAAACACCAAAUGCUGCAUCAUCCCAGAAAAUUUCCACAGCAAAUCGCGAUGCCAAUUGCAAUCGCAAUGAAUAUGCUCAUCUCAAAUACGGCAAAUACUUUCGUCGGGAGACACAUCCCAAUGGCGGUGCUUCGGUGGUGCAUAUGUAUCAGGAUGAAAUUGAUGCACUGUCACCGUCGCGGAUGACAGAAUUGGUGGAUGAAUUUUUUUCGGUGGUUUUCAGUGAAGAUGAAAAUGGCUUUGCGCACAAUGUCAUGGGAAUUGUGCACGAUGCAGCGGCCUAUUUGCCGGAUUUACUGGAGCAUAUGGCUGAAAAUUAUGCUUCAUUGACGGUUAAAGCGGGAGUUCUGGGAAGGAAUUCGGACAUUGAGACUUCGACGAUGCUGCAGUAUCAUGAGCAAGUGGCCAAGAAUUAUUCACAGGGAACUUUUCGGUAUGGACCGCUGCAUCAGAUUAGUUUGGUCGGGAAGGUUCAUGAAGAAGUUGGGGGCUAUUUUCCGGAUUUGCUGAGUAGACUCGAGAAGAAUCCUUUCCUGAAGAAGGCAAUGCCUUGGGGUGAAUUGUCAAUUGUUAGAAUGGAUCCUCGUCUCUCCAAUGACGGUCCAAUCUUGUGGAUACGUCCGGGAGAGCAAUUAAUUCCCACGGCUGAGAUCAACAAGACCCCACUCAAGAGACAAAGGACUCGAAUAAAUGAGUUGCGCAAUCUGCAGUACCUUCCGAGGCUGUCGGAGGCACGUGAGGUGAUGUUUGAGGAUCGCACAAAGGCUCAUGCAGAUCAUGUUGGUCAUGGGCACGAUCGCAUGACCACAGCGGCUGUUGGGGUACUGAAGGCUAUCCACUGUGGGAAUCCGGAGAAGCAAAAUCGCAUCACGAAGGAUGUGGUGGCUUUUGCUGCUCAGGACUUUCCGCAUUUGGUGGAGAAACUUCAGUUGGACCUCCAUGAGCCACCAAUUUCACAAUGUGUCCAAUGGGUGGAGGAUGCAAAGCUCAAUCAGCUGCGUCGCGAUGGCAUUCGCUAUGCCAGGAUACAGCUCUAUGACAAUGACAUCUACUUCCUGCCCAGGAACAUCAUCCAUCAAUUUAGAACUGUGACGGCCGUUACGAGUAUUGCUUGGCACUUGAGAUUGCAAAAGUACUAUCCAGAUGCUGAUGUGAUGAAUGAGCAGAACAAUGGGGAAUUGGUGGAACAGCCACCGCAGUACAAAGAACGUCAGACAAUUCUGCCCCAUCCGAUUCCGUUGGAUGUGGAAAUGAGAAAGUACACGACCCCGGUCAAGCGUACGCACGAUGGGAAGCCCAAGAAGAGUGAGAAGAAGGAUCUCGAGAGGCGCAAGAGUGAGAGUGAUGGGGGAGGGGGAGGGGCAGGAGGAGGAUCUGCCAGCAAGAAGAAGACGGAAGAGGCAAAGAUUGACAUGAGAAAGUUGGUGAUUGAGGGUGAAAGUGGGGAGAAGCAUAAGCACAAGGGAAGUAGCACGAGUCAUAAGCAUCAUCACAAGGAUAAACAUAGGAGUAGUGAGCAUAGGCAUCAUGGCUCGUCGGAAAAAUCGUCCAGUUCGAAGCACAAGUCCAGCCAUUCGAAGUCGUCUGACAGGUCCAGUCGACCGGAUGGAGGAGGAAUGGGAAGUGGUUCGGGUAGCAGGAGGACGUCCAAUGAGUCCAGAGAGAGCAAGAGUUCAGUGACUUCGGGAGGAGGAGGAGCAGGAGAUGUGGAAAUGUCAGUUGCAACUGAAUCGCAAACAAUUCCACAGCCACCGGUUCAGCCACAACCUCCGCUUCCAAAUGAACUUAGGGAUCAACCACCACCACCUCCUUUGCCUCCACUUCCUCCUCCGCCGCCGCCGCCGCAGGAAGAUCCACCUCCAGUUGCUCCCGAAGAGCCACUCCCUGUUCCCGUUCCAGUCUCUCCCAAACCACCAACAACUCCGGCAAAAGCAAAGAAACCCCUCACACCUGCCACUCCAGAUCUCCUGACGUCCAUCAUGGCCAGCAUGGACUCGACUCCCGGAGGCAGGAGUGGCACUAGCUUCUGAUGCAAUCAACUGUCCUAAAGAUAAUAGAAAUGUUGAAAAGAGAGUACACACACAAAAAAAUAAUUGAUAAUGUUGCUAAUAAAAAAAAAAGAAAUACCUUACAAAGAGAAAUUGAGAAUAAAAAAACUUGUAAGAAAAUCUUAAUUUAAUACAAUUAUCAGUAUAAGAUUUUGAGUUAUUGAUAAAAAUGAAUUUCAGUAGAAAUACAAUACUUUAAUAAUUUUAUUUCAGAAAC